AUGAAUCAAAAAAACUUAGAAUUAUGCAAGGGUUUAGUAAAAUCAAAUUAUGUAGAUCAAGCUAUACAAGGUACAUCACAAUUUAAUAAAAUAAUAGAAUCAUUAUUAAUUCAUAGAAGGCUACCAGAGAUUGGAUAUAGUGAUAAAGUGAUCGAGUUGAUUUUAAAUGAAAUAUCAAUGAUGGAUUCAAAUAAUUUUAUAGAAAAUAUAGGUGUCGGAGAAAGAGAGGGAAGAAUCUACAGUUCAUUGGUCGAAAAGAGACAUUAUGGGUUUUCACAUGGUAUUGGUAGAAGUGGUGAUAUAACAGAGCAACAGCCAAAAGCAGCAGGUUCAAGUUUAAUUCAAAAAUUGGUACAUUAUUUGGUUUUGGACGCAAUGCGGAUCGCAGGACUAGAGUCACAGGCCGCUUCAACAUGUUUAUUAUUACCAAUGGCAACUGGUAUGACAUUGUCGUUGGCAAUGAUGACACUAAAACAAAAAUCCCAAAGUAAUGCACGUUAUGUAAUUUGGCCAAGAAUAGAUCAAAAAUCAUGUUUAAAAUCAAUUGUUACAGCAGGAUUAAUACCAAUAGUUAUAGAAAAUAAAUUAGAGGGUGAUAUGAUUCGUACCGAUUUGGAUGCUAUAAAGUCUAAAAUCAUAGAGUUGGGUCCUAGUAAUAUAUUAUGUGUAUUUAGUACUACAAGUUGUUUCGCACCAAGGGCACCUGAUCGUAUUGUUGAAAUCAGUCAACUUUGUAAAGAACACAACAUUGGUCAUAUAAUUAACAACGCCUAUGGUUUACAAUGCUCUAAAAUUCUCCACGCUAUUUCUCAAUCGUGUAAACUCGGUCGUGUAGAUGCCUAUAUUCAAAGCACUGAUAAGAAUUUCAUGGUUCCAGUGGGUGGAGCCAUCAUCUCAGGUCCAAAUAAAGUUUUUAUUGAAGAUAUCGCUAAAAACUACCCAGGAAGAGCAAACUCAUCACCCAUCCUAGACGUAUUUAUCACACUUUUGUCAAUGGGUAAAAGUGGUUGGUCAGGUUUAUUAAAAGAAAGAAAAGAACUAUUGGUAUAUUUCCAAGAUCAACUUGGUAAAUUGGCAAAUGAAUUCAAUGAAAAACUAUUAUCAACAAUCAAUGAAAAUAAAAUUAGUUUUGCAUUUUCAUUGAAAAAUUUUAGUAGCAACAAAAAUGAACAGCAAUUAGAAUCAGAGUUAAACAAUAACAACAACAAUAAUAACGACUACUCUCCUUCAAUGUUAGGUUCACAAUUAUUUUCACGAUCAUGUUCUGGUGCUAGAGUUAUCGACCUUUCUAAAAAUAAAAAAGCAAUUGUUGGUGGUUUGGAGUUUAAUUAUUAUGGUUCCCAUAUAGACGGUUACCCAACUUCAUAUCUAACAGUUGCAUGUGCUAUUGGUGUCACUAAAUCCGAAAUAGAUAAGUUUAUUCAAAGACUUUCAAAACUAUUAAAAAAAUAA